AGUGUCAAACUGGGACGAAUGUUUCGUUUUCGUUUCGGAGCAGAGACAGCCCGUGCCAUGUGUUUGCAUUUUGUUUGAACUGUACAAUAAUCUAAAGUUUCGCUAACAUCAUUUUUACCUUUCAAUGGCGCGUCGCCCAGAACAUUUAGCUCCGCCGGAAAUUUUUUACAGUGAAGAUGAAGCUCGAAAAUAUACAAACAACAGUCGAAUCAUCGACAUCCAAGUCCAGAUGUGUGAGCGAGCCAUCGAGCUGUUAGCUCUACCAGAAGAUGAUACACACCUGAUUCUGGAUAUUGGCUGCGGUUCUGGAUUGUCCGGAAGCGUACUGGAAGAUCAAGGGAACGUUUGGAUUGGGAUCGACAUUGCCAAAGCCAUGUUGGAUGUUGCUGUGGAACGCGAGGUUGAUGGUGAUUUGGUUUUGGGUGACAUGGGGCAGGGUAUGCCGUUCAAAGCUGGAACGUUCGAUGGUGCGGUAUCAAUAUCGGCACUUCAGUGGCUUUGCAACGCUGAUAAGAAGUCUCAUGUUCCGCAGAAACGACUCCAUCAAUUUUUCAGUACCCUUUUUGCGUGCUUGACUCGCAAUGCUCGGGCGGUGUUCCAGUUUUACCCAGAAAACUCGGAUCAAAUAACGCUGGUGACAACACAGGCAACGAAAGCUGGAUUCUAUGGUGGUCUCGUGGUUGAUUAUCCCAAUUCGACAAAAGCAAAGAAAUACUAUCUAGUGCUUAUGACAGGCGGAAUUACCAAGUUGCCAGCUGCGUUGGGCACCGAAGAAAAUUCGAAUCAGAUACCCUAUAGUCGAAAACGAGAAUUGGCAAAAAAUGCACGAGGGAAGCCGCUGAAAAAAUCUCGAGAUUGGAUACUGCAAAAGAAGGAACGUCGAAGGCAGCAGGGUAAUGAAACUCGAAGUGACUCAAAAUAUACAGCACGAAAACGCAGCGGACGGUUCUGAGUUUUUGUCAAUUUUUCGAUAAUAAUUUGUUUCGCCAA